AAAUUCCAUCUCUCUUUCGGUUGUCCUAUUUUACAACACCCAUUUCCCUUCCCUCUGCAUCAAGUUGGGAUAUGGGUAGAAAGAACCACAGCCACAGGUGCAGAGCUAGCAACAACAUGAAUGUCACAACUAGAAAACAUUAUAUUAUGAUGCUGCUGAUCAUAAUAAUAAGCUUCUGCAACCACACAGUCCUUUCAGACAAGGUUCAAGGAAGCAUCAAGAAUAGACUGGGAAACGGGAAGAGCAUGAGAGUCCACUGUCAAUCGAAAGACAAUGAUCUUGGCAACCAGACUGUCGCCGAGGGGAGUGAAUUUGGGUGGGAUUUCUCUCCUAAUAUAUGGGGAACCACCCUUUUCUACUGCGACAUGCAAUGGGAAAGAGUACAAGAAUACCCUUUUGAUGCCUACUCUUUUGCAAGGGACCAUGUUCGAUGUAAGACUCAGUGUUCAUGGUUGAUGGCAGUGGAAGGAGUUUAUGGUUUCAAUGGAGAGACUGGGUUGUGGGAGUUUAUGUAUCAUUGGCCAAAUUGACUGGGAAAAAAUAUUGGAAGGUAAAGGAUUAAAAUAUCAUCUCUCGUGUGAAAGUAAAAUGAAUCGAUCGGGUGGAUCUAUAUGCUCCUUGGUAGUGAGACAAGGUGUGGCGCAAUGCAUCGUCGACGAACCCUAAGAUGAUUGAAAUAGUUUGCUGGCACCCUUGUUGUUAUCAGAUAGUCAUUGAAGAAUUAUUAAUCUCGUUUGCAUCAUCAUUAAUCAUGGCAGACUAUGUAAGAUUUGAGUUCCGGGAUUUAUA